AAGUUUCUUCCCUCUACAGCUGCAGGUACUGAGGCCUAUCAGACCUGCAGUACUGACACGUGUUAAAUAGAAUUCCUCUGUUUGGAAGCCGUACAUCAGGGUGAGCAGCACCCUUGUGAUGCAGGAACCGACAGCAUUGGAGUGUUCCAACGGAAAGGUUGUGAUGUGGGAACCGACAACGGUGCCCUGGAAGCGGCGCUCUGGAAUCUGCUCAUUCUGCCUGCUCUUGUCCCACGGAGAGGGAGCGAGAGGAGCAGCAGGAGCCUCAGUAUGGUGCUGGUCUCAGGGUUGUGCAAAGCCCUGCGGCGGGAGAGGGGCCGGGGCAAGAACCCGGCACCGCGGCCUCGGGCCAAGCGCCAUCCGGAGGAGCCAAGCCAGGCACUGGAGUUUGCCCGCAGUGUCGGCGCCCUCGUGCUGGGCCUGGCUCUGGCCAGCAUUUAUGGGGCAGUGGUGCUGCUGGUGCAGGGCCACGAUGUCUGGUACUGCCUGUGCAUCACCAUCAUCCUGGGAGCAGGGCUGGGGCUGGGCAUGGCCUUCUCCAGGAACACGCGGAUGAUCGUGCUGCUGGCACUGCCCCACUUCUUCACCAGGGAGGGGAAAAUUCUGGUCGUGGUGCUGGCGCUGUGCAUGACCGUGCAGGGCCCUGGCACCAACGUCCUGAACAACGUCUCCCAGCUCGCCAAGGCGCUGUCGUGCGGGGCUGAACUGGCCCAAAACCAGACGGCCGAGCGGCUGGAACGUGCCAAGGAGCCACUGCUGAACCUGCAGAACAAGAUCAAGGACAUCGGCCAGAAUGCCAAGGUGGUGAGCGACCGCGUCCGCAAGUUCGUCCGCUCCAUCAUGGGCUCCACCAGACACAUCGUCCGGAUCCUGCGCAACGUCUGGCUGUGGCUGUCGAAGGUCGGCGACGUCUGCAACAAGGAGCUGGGCUCACCCUUCCACAGCUGCGUUCGCUGCAUAGAAAAGGCCAAGGACGACUGUGAGCGCGCCCUCCCCGUCCUCUUCUUCAUCUGCUACGUCGUCGUCGGCUUCAAGUGGCUCUGCAACGUGGCUGAUGUUGUUGCCGGCUUCUUCUGCAUCAUCCCACAGUAUAUCCAGGAGUUCGUCCGGGCAAACGUCGCAGCCCCCAUCACGGACGCUCUGAACCACGUCCGCCAGGAGUUUGAGUUCAACAUCUCGGUCGUACACCACUUCAACGUCAGCCUCAACGCCAGCAAGAGCCUGGGGCAGGUGUCCCGGGACAUAAUGGAGGCCGUGCAGAACCACCUGGAGCCCUACCACCACGGCCUGGAGGUCUUCUCCUACAUCUCCUUCUGGGCCAUUCUCUACUUGUGCUUCCACGCGAUGCGGUACCGGCGCCGCUUCCUGUGGGACGACACCUUCGACAACGUUUACAUCACGCGGCGCUUCGUGGAGCUGGACCUGCGGCGGGCGGAGCAGGGCAGACCCACCGUGCUGCCCCUGACGGCGCGGGAGAGGGGCCGCUACAUCCCCCCAGCCGCGCUGUGGCUGUCAAAGAAAGAGAGGCAGCAGUAUGGGAUUCAGCUGAUGGGCUUGCUGCGCCACGUGCUGCUGGGGUUCAGCAUCAUCCUGGCCGACUACAGCAUCUUCUGGCUGCUUGACCUGUUCCGGCACCAGCUGAGCGCGGAGAUCGUUGCCAGGGCGCCAUCGACAGUGGCUGUCAAAGUCAACGGGACGGGCUACACCAGUGAGAUCUUCCAGGACCUGGUCUCUGCCUUCAACGCGCUGCAGGAGGGCCACGUCUCGGUGCUGUCCCAGGUCUGCCUCAUCGAGCCCGUGGAGCCCGACCACAGCACCUACAUCACCAUCGGAAUCCUGUACGGUCUCUGGCUUUUCAUCACCAUCUUUGGCUCCUACAUGGCACGCCUGCGCCAGGCAGUGUGUGCCGCCUACUACCCGUCCCGUGAGCAGGAGCGCAUGGUCUUCCUCCACAACAUCAUCCUGGCACGGCGGGAGUGGAUGGCAUUCGCCCUGCGCUCAAGUGGCACACAGAGCACGGCUGAUGGUAGGAAAGGCAAACUCUUCCUCAUCCUCAUCUCCAGGUUCCCUGUCCUUGCCCGCUUCUCUCGCUUCUUUGGCAUUGAGCAGAAACACUGCCUGGCCUGUGGGGUGGUGGAGCAGCCGGGUUUCAGUGCAUGCAUCACGCCCAGCUGCAGAGGGUUGUAUUGCAGGGAGUGCUCCAGAGCCCUGAGAAACACCUGCUCUGUCUGCAUGGCCACCCUGAACUACGCGGACUCUGUGGACGAGGAGAUAGACUCCAGCGAUGAGGAGAUGCUUCACUACAAGGAGCAGGCUGAGAGCAGGGACAGCGAGCUGCGGGAGGUGGUGGCACCCUCGGCCGGGACAGAGACACGCAAGAGGAAGAAACGGCCCAACACAACCCUGAAGCGAGUGGUGGUCGCAGUCCUGCCCGGCCCGUGCAGCAGGUUCCUCUGGAGCCGGCGGGAUGAGCAUCGCUGCAGCAAGAUCUUCCUGGGUGCUGGUUUGGGGAUGCUCCUCAGCCUCGGACUCUGCCAGCUGCUCAUCAUGCCUCUGGACCUGUCAGAGUCAUACAGGGUGAAGCUUACCUGGGGGCUGACGGGGGUGACUGCCUUGGGCUGGGCCACGUCCCCCCACUUCCGCUGUGCCAACCUGCUCAUGGUCCCCAAGUUCCUGGGCAAAGAGGGUCGGCUUUACGUUCUCUCCUUUGUCUUCGCCGCCAUCUACCAUGGGCCCGUGGCCAACCUCUGGCACAACCUGAUGGAGGCGAAACGCUCGAUGGACUGCGUGGUGGAUCUUCAGGUCAACCACACGACCGGUCUCUGGGAGGUGUCGACGUCCCCCCUGCGCCGCGUGAUGGAGGAGCUGGUGCGGAGCGGGGAGACGCUGAACGCGGAGAUGCAGAACGUCUCACACGCCUUCAUGGAGCUGAACGACCAGGUGGCCAGCAACGAGGGCUACGACCUGCGGCAGGACAAGGGCAAGGGCACCAAGCGGGCCCGCAGCACCCAGGAGCUGUACGAGAGGAAGACCAAACAUCGCUGUGCCACUGUGCUCGAGAGUGGUCGUCAGAGCUGCUUAGACUAUUUCCAAGAGCUGCACAGGGCCUGCAUGGAAAAAGUGUCCGUGCCCCUCAUCAACCACGUCCUCUGCCUGCCCAUGCGGCUCGGGUUCCUCUGCCAAGCAGUCAACCUCAUGAGCUCCUGGUGCGAGGAGAGGAUCCCUGUGGACAGCAACUUCGGGAAGGUGUUCGACCAGGUGAACGACACCGUCCAAAGCCUCGGCCAGGAAUUCACUGCCAGCAUCGUCUACAAGGAGAAGCACCAGGAGAUGGUGGUGGGCAUCAACAUAGUGGAGCAGCUGCAGGAGGAGGUGACCUCGCAACUGCGGGAGGAAGGCGCCCGCCUGGGCUUGGCCGUCUCCUUCUUCCGCCUGUUGCUGUCCUUCACCUUCCUCUUCGUCUUCUUCUCGGCUUUCUACUACACCUACCGGUACUGCCACGACAUCGGCUUCGACAACUGCUACAUCACCACCUACUUCCAACAAAUCGAUGCCCGGCGUGGAGAGCAGAACAAGCGGACGCUGCUGCCCCUGCUCCGGAACGAGGCCUCGGCUUUCGUCUUCCCGUGCCGCCUGGCCCUGCAGCGACCUGAGCUGAAGUACAUGGUGAUGGAACUGCUCAGGUGCAUCCCGCUCCUGCUCUUCCUCAUCUUCGUCUGUGGCCUGGACCACUUCAUCUUCAGCGUUCUCAGCAUCAUCCAGCACCAUUCCUUUGUGCAGUAUUCCUACCAAACCAGCCACCACAUGUCCGUGACCGUGAUGGGCAAGUCCCUGAUGGCUCAGCUGCUGCGGAGCACCAUCGGGGCCCUCAACACCUCCUUCGGCACCCAAGUGGAGACCUCCAACCGCGCCUGCCUGCCAAACGCCCACGGCAUGACGAGGGAGCAGUACCUGAACACUUGCCUGCCCCUGGCCGCGCUGGCCCUGCUCUGCCUGGCCCAGGUCUACCCGUUCCGCCUGCGCCGCGCCAUCGCCGCCUUCUACUUCCCCAAGCGGGAGAAGACUCGGGUGCUGUUCUUGUACAACAAGUUGCUGCGGCAGAGGAAGAAUUUCUUCCAGCUGCAGCGGAGACGCGUCGCCCGGAGAGCACGGCAGCCCCCGGGGCUGGGGAAGUCGCUGCUGGAGUGGUGCAGCCAGCAUUGGCCUUGGCUGCGCCGCUGCCAGCGCCGGAGCUGCACAUUGUGUGGGACGCCCGGCACCCCCUGGCACCAGGUCUGCCCCACUCCCGGCUGCGGUGCCUUGUACUGCGAUCGGUGCUGGACGGAGGCGGGCGGGACGUGCCUCGCCUGCAGCCCCGAGGAGCCCGGGCUCGUCCAGGACAGCAGCGAGGAGGAGGAGGAGCCGGGGUACGCGGGAUGAGGGGGCCGGCAAUAAAGGCUGU